AUGUACUACACGGCCUACGGCCUCGUCAACUCCCCGGAGCCGCGCGUCCAGCCCCUUCUGCCCGACGUGACGCCGCGCCGCCGGCGGCGCGCCCCGACGCCGCCGCCCCGCUCGCCGGCGCGCGCCUUCGCGACGGCGGCCCGCGAUUCGCCGCCACGAAAAAGCCGCCCGAAGAGCGCCUUCGCGACCGCGGCCCGCGAGCGCACGCCGUCGCCGCCACGACGCCGACGCCCGACGAGCGCACCCGUCAAACGAAACGACGCGGCGGCGUCCGAGCGAGCGCGGGCACGCUGGAGCAGCGUGAAGGUGAAGAUCAAGACCAUCACGGCCCUCGCGCAGCAGCGGCGCAGCGUCCGGAGUUUGGUCAAGGGCCCCGCGCACCGGACGUAUGUCCCGGACGCGAAGACGAGGCGGCGGCUCCUCGUGCUCGAGGCCGACGGCGCGGGCGACGCCUGGGACGCGACGCUGAAGUGUUAUUGUUUCGCGCACGUGCGAGGGAAGGGCGCCACGGACGACCCGCAGCACUGGGUCGUCUAUAUUGUCAGAGAUGCAAGGGAGGGCGCGUCGGCCAAAGCGGACGCCGCGGCGCGCGCGUUACGCGGGGCGCCGUGGCCGCAGCGCGUGCGCGUGCUCGACGGCGUCCGGCCGCCUCAAAAUCUGUGCGGCGCGUGCGUCGCCGCGGACUGCGGCGGCGCGCCGUGCCGGGACCACGCGCGGCCCGGCCUGCAGAAAGAGACGAUGGCGACGGUCGCGGCGCCCGGGGCCUUCGACGUCUACGCCGUCAAGCUCCCGUCGGCGGGCUGCGUGCCGCCGUGUCCGCGCUGCGGCGCUUCCGCGGGCCACGCGGCGCCGCCGUCGGCACCGCCGCGCCUCUACCGCCUCGCGUCGCGGUUCGCGGACGGCGGCCGCUUCCCCUCGUCGAAACGCUGUGCGCGCGCGCUCCGGGCCGCCGCGGUGCGCGAGGGCGGCAUUGAUGGAGACGCCGCGCGUGCCGCCGCGGCCGUCGCCGCCUACGCCUGCGCCGGCACCAAUAAUGACGAGGCGGGCGUCGCGGCGUUCUGCCGGGCGCGGGCGGCGCUGCGGGCGGCGCCGGGCGCCGCGUCCGCGGCGCUCGUGGCCGCCUGGCGCGCCGCGGGCUACUCCGAGGACGACGCGGUCUUCGUCGAGGCGGCCGCGCGCGCGGCCGACCACGCCGCGGCGGCGUCCCAGGUGCGCGCGGCGCCGCCGGCGGCGCGCUUCGCGGAGCGGUGCGGCCCGUCGCCGCGGCGGCGCCGCGCGCCCGCGGACAUCAUAGAGCCCGUGGGGGUCGUGUUCCUCGAGUAG